CUCCAGAUCACCACCACCAACGGAACGCCUCUAUCCACCCCUCACUACCUCCCCUCUCCCCUAUCAUGCAGAUAUCCCUCCUCCGUUCGUCGACGGUCCGUCAAUUGGCCUCUCGUCGAUUUGCUUCAACAACCGCCGAAUCCGCAUCCCAGGCUGCCUCUCAAGCUACAUCAAAAGCACAGGAUGCCGCAAAACAAACCGCUGCGAAAGCGCAAGAUGCAGCAAUAGCUGCUGCCUCUAAACUCAUGUCUGCCGCUAGUGGGCUAGGGAAUUCGCUUGGAAAGGUCGGUGGAAGGACCGGGCAAUUGAUCAAAGGUGUAGAAUGUGAGCGCCGGUUUUUCCAUCUUGUAUAUUUUGUUCCCCUGUUCGAUGGUCAAGUGGUCUUCCGGGAGCGGGAAAGCGAAUUAAUUGAACGACAUCGAUCCACGUCCCCUGGUAUAAGAUAUCGGCAUAUGAAGCUUGAUCGAACCACAUUACAUCCCACUCCCGCCAUUCAAAUUUGAUGUUCUGCGCUGCAGACCGAACUUUCACAAGUACUGACAAACCCCCGCCGGUGAACAGCACUCAUUCCUCCAGCUAUAUACUACGCAAAGGUUGCAAAGGAACUUUCAAAAUUGGUAUUUAAUGGGCAAAACAUGUCCCCUCCGUACUUCUCCCGCCCCCUCCCCCACAUACCCCGCCAUCACUAUCCCUCGUACUGACGACCUACAAGCAAUAUUGAAACAUUCCAGAAAACAUUCUCUCCCAUCAUAAAUAAGCUCAAGAACCCCAGAGCCCUUAUCGACUCAGCAUCGACCUCCCCUACCCUCCAGCCCGCCUUCAUCCUUGCCCGGCUUAAGGCAUUUACUCCACAGGAAUAUGCUCAGGCUGGUGUCUUAACCGCCGAGGUCAGCCCACUUCUCUGCGCUGAUAAUCUUCCACGACUCUGAUCGCAACUUCUCAAUAUAGGUUAUUGGCUUCUACACUGUCGGAAAAAUGAUUGGUCGCAGAAAGAUCGUUGGAUACCGCGGUGGAAAUAACGACCAUCACUAAACCCUCUUCUUUUUUUUUGUCGUUGCGGUGCUAGAGCGGUGGUGUAAAGGGAAAGGUUCGGGGAAGCAGGUUACUAUAAAAAAAUCUGAGGCAGGGUUUGGAUCUUUGUAUAAUCCUUUCUAGAAUUGCAUAUCCCAAGUUCUUUUUUUUUCUCUCUUGUUUAGCUUCUUGAGGGAGGUAUACAACUAAUCAUAGGGGGUCAUCAUAUUGGGUCUGAAAAGUUUCAUACAAUCAUGGAAAAAUAUUUAAUAAGGACCUGUUCGGCGGGCAGCAAAUAGCGCGGUAUUUCCGCCACAGCGCUUUCUUCAAAAUUAUAAUAGACAUGGCGGCAAUAGAGGGAAGAGGGGGAUGGGAUGUUUGGUACGAUAAAGAUUUCGAAAAUAAGAAUCCAAAUCAGAUAAGAUCUUUCAGCCAAAACCCUACCCCCGAUAACAUUUUUAGUCAUCCGGGACCAUUCUCCCAGGCAUUUUUGCAUAAUAACAAGGAAAUGAUAAUAUCAUCAUACAAUACCGUAUGAUAUUUACCCGGAAAAUCCACCAUCUCCGGUAAGCUCUACAGGUUCCAGACAGCGCAUACCAUACUUGGUCAGGAAAACGCUAUUCCUUCGUGAGGUGUUUUGUCCCUCGUU